AUGAGUAUUGAUAUUGGAGGGAUGAGAAUUAAAUACAAAGACAAAGACGAAACCUUCUUGGAGAAGCAUUUGGUUUCAAAAGAACCUUUUGGACAAUUCAAGGCAUGGUUUGAAGAAGCUUGUUCUAAGAAAGAGAUUCUAGAACCCAACGCAAUGUGCUUAGCAACUGCCACUAAAGAAGGUAUACCAUCUGCUAGAUUUGUACUGUGCAAGGGAUAUGGUAAAGAAGGUUUUAAGUUCUUCACCAAUUAUGAAAGUAGGAAAUCUAAAGAAAUGGACAUGAAUCCAAAUGUAGCAGCCACAUUUUAUUGGGAAAGUUUAAACAGAUCUGUUAGAAUUGAGGGCUGUGUGGAAAAGUUAUCUGAAGAGGAGUCAACAACUUACUUCCAUUCAAGGCCUGUCCCCAGUCAGAUUGCAGCAUGUACAAGUUGUCAAAGUACUCCUAUUGAGUCCAGAGAUGUUUUGUGUGAAAAGGAAUUGGUUUUGGAACAAACAUACAUGAUUCCACAAAAAGAAAUACCAAAGCCAUCAUAUUGGGGAGGCUACCUUAUUCGUCCGAAAGCUGUUGAAUUUUGGCAAGGUCAGCGUGAUCGUCUCCAUGAUAGAAUAAAGUUCAGAAGACCAAAAAUUAAUGAGGUUCCCGAUGGCAAACUGUUGCAUGAAGGAGAGGAUGGAUGGGUAUAUGAACGAUUGUCUCCUUAA